GUGUGUGUGUGUGUGUGUGUGUAGCCUUGAAGAAGAAUGGUUGGAUUAUUAAAGCUGCCCCGGGAGAUUAUGUAACUAAACUGCCCAUUCUUGGCAUUCAAACAGGUGGGCCUGAGAGCUGUGUUCAGGGGAGAGAUUGCUGGUGCUCACAGUGCUGGCAGCUCCAGAAGGACUAAUUCUGCAGUGCUCAGCCUAGCAUUUCCAUGACAUUCUCUUUUAGGUCUAGGAUGGUUGUGUUUUGGAAGCCUGGGGAACAAAAAAGCCAGGUGUGAACCUUGGUUGCCACUGAUAAAGGUGUGGCGCCUGUUGGAGUAGGAAAUAUUGAAAUUGUGAUCUUUGUGGUCACGUGACUCAUUAAAUAAUUAAUGCAGAUCGUCAGGAAUGGAUCUGAGUCAUCAGGGCCUCACUAGGAAUGAAUCUCUCAGUAGUGAGACUCCAACUUGCUAUUUGAUUUUUAAAUACAUACACCUUCAGAUAUAUCUCCAAAGGCAUUUAACUCCUUCAGGGAAGCAGAAGAGAGCCCUUCAGCGUGGAGAACGGAGCUGUCCAGUGGGCGCUUACCAGGUCCAAGGCUUUCUUGUAAGAUUGCCGUGAGUCCAGGGAGGCUCUGUGUCCAGGGAAAUAGUGCCUGGGCACUGGAAAAAGGGAUUCCCUGAGCACCUGGGAUUGGAGAUCAUUCCUGGUUCAGAUUUAAUCAUCUUUGGAGGUCUGCGCGCGGCGGCCAUUGGCGGCGGAGUGUCACGUGACCGCGGGGGCGUGCCAAUGUGCUCCCUCACGGGUGUCAAGCCCCUGUCAGAGUGUGCGAUCACUAUCGUGAAACAUCGCGAUGCAAAAAGCGACCUACUACGACAGCUCGGCGAUCUACGGUGGCUACCCCUACCAAGCAGCCAAUGGGUUCGCUUACAAUGCCAGUCAGCAGCCAUACGCUCCGUCUGCGGCUCUGGGCACCGAUGGCGUUGAGUACCACCGACCCGCCUGCUCCCUCCAGUCCCCCGCCAGCGCUGGGGGCCACCCCAAAGCUCACGAACUGAGUGAGGCGUGUCUGCGCACCCUGAGCGGCCCUCCUAGCCAGCCCCCAGGCCUGGGUGACCCGCCUUUGCCUCCUCCUCCCCAGGCAGCUCCCCCAGCCCCACAGCCUCCACAGCCCCCACCACAGCCCCCUGCGCCCACCCCUGCAGCUCCCCCGCCUCCCUCUUCUGUCUCCCCUCCUCAAAGUGCCAACAGCAACCCUACCCCCGCCAGCACAGCCAAGAGCCCCCUGCUCAACUCUCCCACAGUGGGCAAACAAAUUUUUCCCUGGAUGAAGGAGUCGAGACAGAAUACUAAACAGAAAACCAGCGGCUCCAGCUCAGGGGAGAGCUGCGCUGGCGACAAGAGCCCGCCUGGGCAAGCUUCGUCUAAGCGCGCGCGCACGGCGUACACGAGCGCGCAGCUGGUUGAGCUGGAGAAGGAGUUCCACUUCAACCGCUACCUUUGCCGGCCACGCCGAGUGGAAAUGGCCAACCUGCUGAACCUCACAGAGCGCCAGAUCAAGAUCUGGUUCCAGAACCGCCGAAUGAAGUACAAGAAGGACCAGAAGGGCAAGGGCAUGCUGACCUCGUCUGGGGGCCAGUCCCCGAGCCGCAGUCCCGUGCCUCCCGGUGCAGGAGGCUAUCUGAACUCUAUGCAUUCGCUGGUCAACAGUGUCCCUUAUGAGCCCCAGUCGCCCCCUCCCUUCUCCAAGCCCCCCCAAGGCGCCUAUGGGUUGCCCCCGGCCUCCUACCCUGCUCCCUUGCCCAGCUGCGCUCCCCCACCUCCCCCGCAGAAGCGCUACGCAGCGGCGGCGGGGUCAGGCGCCGGGGGCACCCCUGACUACGACCCGCACGCUCACAGCUUGCAGGGCAACGGCAGCUAUGGGACCCCACACUUACAGGGAAGCCCCGUCUUCGUGGGGGGCAGCUAUGUGGAACCCAUGAGCAACUCCGGGCCAAGCCUCUUUGGCCUAACUCACCUCCCCCACACCACCUCGGCUGCCAUGGACUACGGGGGCACUGGGCCGCUGGGCAGCGGUCACCACCAUGGGCCGGGGCCUGGGGAGCAGCACCCCACCUACACGGACCUUACUGCCCACCAUCCUUCUCAGGGAAGAAUUCAGGAAGCGCCCAAGCUCACCCACCUGUGAUGGUGGGCUCUGGCUGCGCGCCAGGAGAGUUGUCCUCCACACCUUCUUUGGUUUUCUCCUUUAAUUUUUUUUAUUGUUUUGUUUUUCCGGCCUCUCCCUUUUCUCCUCUGCACCCCUCCCUCAUUUUGUUUUCUUUGGUAAUGCGUUUUUAUGGUUUAUGUGACGUAGCAAUCUUGGUUGCUGGAAAGGCUGUCAGUAUCAGUAGUGACAUUUACAUCCCUCCCAUCCCCACCGGCCACGGCCUCUGGCCCAGCACCCUUACCUUCUUCUCUACUCUUCGAUAAGAAACAGGGUAUAUGAACAAACUUUCUAGUUGAGUUUUCAAUGUGAAUUUGUUUGUACGUUGUGGCUCCCGAGAGGAAGCGAUUACGUUUUUUUUAAGUUUUAGUUUUUAAAAAUUGCACUUCUUGUAAUGAGCGAGAAAAAGAAAUCAAAGGCGCUUUGAAACAGGGACUCCCUGUGCAAAGAUGACUAAGUGUACGUCUUUCCGUGUGUGUAUGCUUGUGAACAGUCAGAUUUAUUUAUAUUUUUUGCAAGCAUUGAAUAGUUUUAAAUAUUAUUUAUCCCCAUCCGUUCGUAUUUAUAUUAAAGAAACUCUGUACCCUGAUUGUUCAGAAGGUUUCUUGAGCCUUUUGUUCAAUGGUGUAUUGGCAUACAUAUAAAAUUUAUUUGAAAGCGAAAUAAAAUUCCUUUAUAAAAAACCGUAGCGAUGCAAUAAGAACAGAGAAGACCCAGCGUUUGAAAACAGUGGUUUAGGAUUGUAACAGCAGACAAAAGUGAACGCUAAAAAUGCUAGAUUUGUUUUGAGAAUUUUACAUUCCUUGCUGCUCACAUUCUGAGAAACAAAACAAAAAUAAAAAAUAAAGUUUUUAUUCUGAUUAA